UUCUGGGAACGGUAGUUUCCCAGGGGAGCAUAGCCUCUCGAUUGGCGUGGCGUGGUUCUAUACCUUGAGAUAUGAAUGGGAAGCGGCCCGCGGAGCCUGGCCCGGCUAGAGUGGGCAAGAGAGGAAAGAAGGAGGUGAUGGCGGAGUUUUCGGACGCUGUCAGGGAGAAAACCUUGAGAAAGCAAGUAGCCGAGGCCUGGAUUCACGGGACGCCGUUCAGUCAUGAAGCCAUUGUCAUGGACAUGGACCCAUUUCUUCACUGCGUGAUCCCAAACUUCAUCCAAAGCCAAGACUUCUUGGAAGGGCUUCACAAGGAACUUCUGAACUUGGACUUCCAUGAGAAGUAUAAUGAUUUAUAUAAGUUUCAGCAGUCUGAUGAUUUAAAGAAGAGAAGAGAGCCUCAUAUCUCAGCUUUACGGAAACUUCUGUUUGAAGAUUUCCGGGCCUGGCUUUCUGACAUUUCGAACAUUGACCUGGAACCAACCAUUGACAUGUCCUGUGCUAAGUAUGAAUUCACUGAUGCCCUGCUCUGCCAUGACGAUGAGCUGGAAGGGCGCCGGGUGGCCUUCAUUCUGUACCUGGUUCCUCCCUGGGACAGGAGCCUAGGGGGCACCCUGGACCUGUACAACACUGAUGAACACUUCCAGCCGAAGCAGAUUGUCAAGUCUCUUGUCCCUUCGUGGAACAAACUGGUUUUCUUUGAAGUGUCUCCAGUAUCCUUUCACCAGGUGUCUGAAGUCCUUUCUGAAGACAAGUCUCGUUUGUCUAUCAGCGGCUGGUUUCAUGGUCCUUCACUGAACAGGCCUCGUACCUACUUUGAACCCCCCGUACCUAGGAACCCUCACAUCCCAAAAGAUCAUGAAAUUUUGUAUGAGUGGAUCAAUCCUUCUUAUCUGGACAUGGAAUAUCAAGCUCAAAUUCAAGAAGAGUUUGAAGAAAGGUCUGAAAUUCUCCUGAAGGAAUUUCUUAAGCCUGAGAAGUUCUCAAAGGUCUGUGAGGCAUUGGAGGCGGGAGCUGUGGAAUGGAAUAGCUGUGGUCCCCCUAACAAAAGGUUUUAUGAGAAAGCUGAGGAGAGUCGGCUCCCUGACAUACUGAAGGACUGCAUGGAGUUAUUUCACUCGGAGGCGCUGUUCUUGCUGCUUUCCAACUUUACGGGCCUGAAGCUUCACUUCUUGGCCCCUUCAGAAGAAGAUGAGAUCAAAGACAAGGCAGAGGGAGAAGCGGCUCUUGCGACGGGUAGCACUGAAGAGGGGACCAGCCAUGGCUCCUCAGAGAGUGAUCAGGCAGCCAUCAGUAACAACAGCCAACAAAGCAAUGAACAGAGAGACUCAGCACCGGAGGAAGAAACGGAGAAGAAGAAGUCAGGUGUCCCCACCUGCCAGGGCGAACUGAGGCGUUGGAGGACUGGUCACUACACUUUAAUCCACGACAACAGCCAGACUGAAUUCGCCUUGGACUUAGUUCUUUACUGUGGCUGUGAAGGCUGGGAGCCGGAAUAUGGUGGCUUUACUUGCUAUAUGGCCAAAGACGAAGAUGAAGAGCUGCUAGUAGUGAAUCCAGAGAACAAUUCUUUGGCCUUGGUCUACAGAGACAGAGAGACUCUGAAGUUUGUCAAGCAUAUUAACCAUCGAAGCCGAGAACUAAAGAAAACUUUCCCCAACAGAACUGGUUUCUGGGACUUCUCAUUCAUCUAUUAUGAAUAACAGGAGUGGGCAGAGCUGAACAAAAGACACCCCUCAUUCGGUCCUGGAGGGGUCUAGAAGAGCAAGGCGUUGAGAGCUCUCUCGCAAGCCCUCUGACAGUGUUCUUAAUGCUUGUCCAUUAAUCAGAUUCAUGGUUGUCCUCAGCUUGCACCUUGAGCUUAGAGCUAUAUAUUCAUCUCUUGAUUUUCUUUUUUCCGGUCCUGGGAUGGAAGCCAGGGCUUCGUGUAUGCUAGGCAGUGCUUUUGAACGUGGAGUUCAUUUUGCGUAUUGACUGCCUCAACUCUUUUUUUUUCUAACUUAAGUGAUUUUUUUUCAUUAUUUAUGUGGUUGUAAGACAAAAUAUAUUUUUUAAAAAAAGACAAAAUAUAGCAGCUUAACCAUUUUUAAAUGCACAAUUCAGUGGUAUUGAGUACAUUCAUAGUGUACAGACAUCACCAAUAUCCUACACUUUUUCCGUCUUCUGAAACCAAAACUCUGUGUGACAACUCCCCACUGUCCCCGACCGUUCUCCUUUCCAUCUCUGCUGACUACUAUUCCUCAUCAGUGGAAUCACAGUAUUUGUAUACAUCAUAUGUAUUUUGUGACUGACUUACUUUGCUCAGCAUAAAGUGCUCAAAGAUCA